AUGYCCAAGGAUUUAUCAAAACGAAAAAGAAAAGGAAAAUGUUUGGAUAGAAAAUCUACAGCUAUCACAGAGAAUGCAUCGGGCAAGAAACUUUGCUCAUCAGACAUUCGCCGAAAUUUUACGAUAACGAAGCGAAAACAACCUGACAAAGUUGUUGUCCAAAAGCAACAGCAAAUACAAAAAUCGAACAGUYMAAGCGCCCGGCAUUCAAGUGAAGAGGAUGUUUAUAAAGAUUUCUGCUACCUCACAGAAGAAAAACGUAAACUGUGUUUUCAACAACUUGUACAAGUGAAUGCCCUCUUAAAAGAAGAACUUGAUGAAUACAAACUUUUAUUGGGCAACAAAUUUCAAGAAAUAGGAUACAUUGAAGGUGAAAAAGAGGCYUUGGAUAGWGACGASAAUACUACGUUUGAUUUGUAUCCAGAGAGGGAAUWCAUUGCUGGCUGYCCUCGUCAAAUGCACUUUCGUCUUGCAGAAUCCCAGUUCCUUCGUCUUUAUUCAGAAGAAGAUGAAGGCUCCUUUAGUGUCACCAAAGUCGAGUACGUAGUUAAUCCAGUGCUGAACAAACGAUUUCGCGAGGCGCAGGCGAGAAUUGGAGCAACAAGAGGAGAAGAYUAUUCCCACCCUGUCCUCGCGUUUCAUGGCACAAGUGAAGAAAGCAUGCGAUCUAUUGUCAAUAUGGGCUUUCGAAUGCCUGGUGAACCAGACUUUAAGCAAGCCAAUGAUAGUGGUUGGUAUGGGAGUGGCAUAUACCUGAGCGAAUACCCCUCCUAUGCAAGAGAAUACAUGAGACGAGGUGGCGAAUCGUCCAAGCUACUUCUCUGUCAAGUGCUAGUUGGUAAAGUUUUCCACUGCAACCAAAGAAUCGAUGGAGAAGGCCUUCAAGAAGGAUUUGAUUCUCAUCUCUCUCCUGAGAUGCAUCAGAUAAUUGUUUUUAAUUCUGAUCACGUAUUACCUUGUUAUAUUGUUCACUUCGAAGAAUGUAAUGGAGAUUAUAGAUAUAGUUAAUGACUGAAUGUCACGUGAUAUAGCACACAUGGAACACUUCUAAGGGUGGAAAUAUAUGACCGGAGAUCAGACUCAGGAAUGACAACUUAAAGGAAAUUUGAUAUUGAAUAUGCUCGUUUUAUACUGAGUUACAUAGACUCAAAUACAAUUUAUCAUUCUCCAAUACACCAUGCACUCAAAAUAGGUAAAUUUAUUCAUGCAAAAUUUCAAAGUGUGUGCAGUCCAAUUUAUAAUCAAGAAUUCGCUAGCGCUAUUCGGAUUAGGCUAGCAUAGCAGAAUUUUUAAUGCUUCGUUUCAGAUUCAGUUGCAAAAGGUUUUUAUUGAUAAACGUUUCUGUACAUUUUCUGUAAAUUGUCAGGAAGAUAAUAUGCAAUGUAUAAAGUCCAAUUGAAAUAUGAAUUAUAUUAGAUAUCACUGUAGGCUGGUUACUCUGGAAUAACAAUACUAUUGUUCAAACAUCAAAAGGUGGCUCUGUUUCCGCUCUUGUUAAAGUUUAUGUACUGAUUAAUCAUCUUCUCGCAUUAAUUUUUUUUCUUAMGCUCAYUCCAUCUCGUAUUCGAGCAUUUCCAUUUCUUCACUGAUUUAAUAAAAGAGACCAUUGCUCACUUGAA